AUGAGAAUGGUAGGCAGAAACUCCUCUGUGACAGAGUUUAUCCUCGCAGGCUUAACAGACCAACCGGGACUCCAGAUACCCCUCUUUUUUCUCUUUCUAGGUUUCUAUUUGGUCAUUGUGGUGGGGAACCUUGGCUUGAUUACUCUGAUUGGACUCAACUCUCAUCUGCACAUGCCCAUGUAUUUUUUCUUAUAUAACUUGUCCUUCAUAGAUUUUUGUUAUUCCACUGUUAUCACCCCUAAAAUGUUGAUGAGUUUUAUCUCAAAGAACAUCAUCUCUUAUGCAGGGUGUAUGACUCAGCUCUUUUUCUUUCUUUUCUUUGUUGUUUCUGAGUCCUUCAUCCUGUCAGCAAUGGCAUAUGACCGCUAUGUGGCCAUUUGUAACCCACUGGUGUACACAGUCUCCAUGUCUCCCCAGGUCUGCUUACUUCUUCUGUUAGGUGUCUAUGGAAUGGGGUUUGCAGGGGCCAUGGCCCAUACAGCGUGCACGGUAAGACUGUCCUUUUGUGCCAACAACCUGAUCAACCAUUACAUGUGUGACAUCCUUCCCCUUCUGGAGCAUUCUUGCACUAGCACUUAUGUGAAUGAGCUGGUUGUCUUUAUUGUUGUAGGCAUUGAUAUCGGCGUGCCCACUGUCACCAUCUUCAUCUCUUAUGCCCUCAUCCUCUCCAGCAUUCUCCAUAUUCACUCCACUGAGGGCAGGUCCAAAGCCUUCAGCACCUGCAGCUCCCACAUCAUUGCAGUUUCUCUUUUCUUUGGGUCUGGGGCGUUCAUGUACCUCAAACCUUCUUCUCUUUUGCCUAUGAACCAGGGGAAGGUGUCCUCCUUGUUCUAUACCAUUGUGGUGCCCAUGCUCAACCCGUUAAUCUAUAGUUUGAGGAAUAAGGAUGUCAAAGUUGCUCUAAAAAAACCUUGACUAAAAAAUUUUUC